GCAUUUUCGAUAGGUGAUCCAUCCUGCUGACCGUACAAGUACCACGGUGACUAUGCAUCAACCGGAUAUGAAACAGCAGUUGCAUUUCUGUGCUCUCAUGCUCGUUUCUGCAUCAAAAUCCUACAAAACUUUGUCACUUGCGAGCCAGGAUAUUCGCGGAUCGCCCAUACGUCCACAAGCGUCUACAUUCCAAGUCGACCUUGUUGCGGAGAUGGACGAGUCGCAAUUUGGCCCAGCUUCGGAGUCCGUUGAUGUUGCUCGGUUCAUCGCCGAUGUUGAGGCACACGCACGGAUCUCGUCCGCUUCAACGGAAAUUCGGCGGACGUGGGACGCGCUCCCAGCAGAAACGCGCGCGUCGGUCGAGGUAGAGUGCGAGUACGUCCCCGUGCCAGUUCCGAGAGAUCUGCAAUGGUUCCUAAUGCCUUCCCGCGUAGCUCAGUUUAACAGCGCUCCAGUCGAACCUCAACGCUACCAUCUCGUCACCUCGUCUGUAUGGGCAUAUCCUCAAGACGCACCGCGCAUCGAUUGCAGCUGUCUACCAGGCGGCGGAUGUAUCGGCGGGGAAGAGCAAGUCCAGUCGAGCGCGACCUGUGCUUUCAGAUCCAGAGUUGGACGAGCCGGAAGUGAUCAAACUCAGGAAGGAGCUGGACUCUGUGAAACUCAAAGCCUGGAUCACGACCGUUGAUGCUGCCCUGUUCACUCGUCAUGGUAAACUGUCCGAUCGGAAUGCUCUUUCGGAAAUAAAAUAUUUAGGUUCAGCAGGGGAUCACACGCAAUCGACUUCAGCGACACUGGCUUCGGAAUCUCUUGCGCUCCUUGUCUUCUCAGUUCAC